AUGGAACCGCCUACGUUUGAUAAAUUUGUUACAAGUGUGGGAGGAUGGCGGUUUGAUCCAAUCGAGGAAUCAUACACGUUGCCAGAAGAGAGGCCGGACAGUGCAUGGCAGUUAAAGAAGCAGAAUAUAUCGAGGCAAAAACUGAGCAGAUGGUAUGAAUUGUUUGCUGAGUCACUUGAGGGACGUGGGACCAGCCUGCUCGUUGAUUUUUCCCGUGCACCAAAAGGAUUUGCGUCCAGAACUGAUGAGCAGGCGGAUAAGAAGAAAGAUAAACCACAGUGGCAACAAAAAGGGAAAGGAGGUAGGAUAAUUUCCUGCGAAAAUUACAAAUGUGGACACUUUGCGAAUCGUUCUCUUGCGAACUCCAUAUGA